GUAGAAAGAAAAAAACUUUCUCAACAUAUUCGUGUGCUAAUGUAAAAAGGAUUACAUUUUUGAAAAAAGGAUCCAUUACGGAUUUCCUACUAAAGGAUUAGAAUUUCAUCACUCUACAACAUCUCAAGAGAAAUUUUGAUUGAGUGCUCCAAGUGCCAUACAUAACAUUUGAAUACCUUUCUAUACAUAUACCUUAAAAAAUUCCUAAAAGGAUUAAUUCAUCAAAAAAGAACUUUAAUAAAAAAAAUCAAUUACUUUACGUGCUCAAAUAAAGAAGAAACAAACAUAAAUCAUCCAUCCAUCAGACAUUUGAGUAAAGUGGAAGUCUAUAAAAGAAAUCUUCUAGGAAAUUUGCAGAGCAGCAAUUUGUAAAAGACCAUCACAGUCAUGACAACCAUUAUGGUUAAGAUGUUGAUCCUACAAAAAGUAUGAUAGAAGAAUGAGAUAAAAAAAUAAUUGAAAUAAUGAGUAACAGGAUUAAAAGUGUGUGAUGCAACAUGACAUUUAAGUGCUUUAUAACCAAGCAUCAACAAGCUCUGUUGGUGAUUAUGUUCUUCACUAUGAGCUUUGCGGGAGUAGAGCCUCAUCGAGAUGGCUUAAAACACCAGCAUAAUAAUAACAACAAUCAUCAUAAAUCUCAUGACUUACUUACCUCUCCUGAAUCUUAUAAUAAUGACGCAAUUGGCGGUGCUGUUUUAUUUUUUUCAAAUAACAAUUUUGAAACUAUAAAUAAUACACAUGUUACAGCUCAAAUUGGUGGAACAGCGAUUCUUCCAUGCAUUGUUGAUUCCUCCUCACCUGCAACAGUUACCUGGAUAAGAAGAAGUGAUUACCAACUCCUAACAGUCGGAUUAACAACAUAUAGUAGCGACGAACGAUUUCACGUAGAACAUACGAGACAUCGAGGUGUUUGGGAUUUAAGAAUAAAGUCAGUAAAGAAGGAUGAUGAAGGCGUCUAUGAAUGCAAUUUAUCACUUCAUCCGCCUGAAUCGAUAUUUGUAUCUGUUUCAGUUGUGGAAGCAAUAGCUGAGAUUACGGGAGCACCCGAUGUACAUAUUGAUGAGGGAUCAACGUUAAGGUUAGAAUGUAAAAUUAUGCAAGUGACUGAAAAUCCAUCUUAUGUGUUCUGGUAUCAUGAAGACAAGAUGGUUAAUUUUAAUUUUCAAGAUGGAUAUUCUGUACUAACGUUUCCAAAAGGUUCAAUGUUUCAUUACAUAUACGACGAUGAUGUAAACGCAGAUAAAAUUUUACCAUUUCCAACGAAUGUAGAUAGCAAUAAUUUAAUAGAAGCUCAAGGAUUAAGUGGAAGUGUCAGCAGAAAUAAUGAUGGAGUGCUUUCAUCGGCUAGUAGUAUAUUAUUGGUGCACGAAGUCCAAUUUAAACAUGCAGGAAAUUAUAGUUGUACUCCUUCAAACACUCGUCCCACAAGCAUCAUUGUCCAUGUGCUCAAAGGUGAUAAGCCAGCAGCAAUGAAGCAUUCAAACCAGAGUACAAUAGUCGAUACAAAGUCGUCUGCUCAUUCAUUAAUGCAUAAUUUAUUAUUAUUGUACAGUAGCUUAUGGUUGAUAGCCAUUGUUUAUUUAAACAGAAGCCCUUCUGGCAGAUCGAAUUCAGAUAUCGAAUAG